AUGCCUCGUGGUCAUAAGAGUAAGCUUCGUGCCCGUGAGAAGCGUCGCCAGGCUCAUGGUGAAGAUCCAGAUCUCAGGGGUUCUCAGACCUCUGCAGUGGAGGAGGAAGAGUUCCCACCUUCCCUGUCUCCUUGUGGGAGUGCUUCCCAGAGUGCCUCUGCUGCAGGCCUUCCUCAAGAGUCUCAGAGAGCACGAUUCACCAGCCCUCCUGCAUCAGCUUCUUCAUGCGCAGAUUCUGAUGAAGGUGCCAAGAGCCAAGAUGCUGAAAGUCUGAGCUCCUUUCACACCGGGGCCUCCUCUGAGGGCUCAGACCACGAUCCUCUGUACAGGAAGACGGGCAAGUUGGUGAGGUUUCUUCUGGAUAAGUAUAAAACGAAAGAGUCUAUUACAGAGGCUGAAAUGCUGAAGAUUGUUAACAGAAAAUACAAGAGGCACUUCUCUGAGAUCCUCAAGAGAGCCUCUGAGAGCCUGGAGCUGGUCUUUGGCCUUGACCUGAAGCAAGUCGACCCCAGCAAUCACACCUAUGCGCUUGUGCCUAAGCUGGCCCCUUCUGAUGAAGGGAAUCUGAGCCAUGGUAGGGGUCUUCCCAAGAAUGGGAUCCUGAUGCCUCUUCUGGCCAUGAUCUUUAUGAAUGGCAAUCGUGUCAGUGAGGAGAAGAUGUGGGAAUUCCUGGAAGACAUGGGGCUCCAUGAUGGUAGGAAGCACUUCCUCUAUGGGGAGCCCCGGAAGCUCGUCACCAUAGAUUUGGUUCAAGCAAAGUACCUGGAGUACCAGCAGGUGCCCAACAGUGAUCCUCCAUGCUACGAAUUCCUAUGGGGUCCAAGGGCCCAUGCUGAAACAAGCAAGAUGAAAGUCCUGGAGUUUUUGGCCAAGAUUAAUAAUACCGUUCCUAGCACCUUCCAGUCUCGGUAUGAGGAAGCUCUGAGAGAUGAGGAAGAGAGAUCCCGAGUCAGAGCUGCAACCAGGGCUGGCGCUACUGCUGUGGCCAGGGCCCAUGCCAGAGUCUCAUCUAGCAGAUGUUCUCAGCCCUAG